AAUAACAAAAACUAAAGGGAGACAACGCAGAAAAGGAGGGAAAACUAAAUACAGAGGAGAACCCCAUAAAACUCUUAAACCCUAACAAAACUACACAGAGCAGAGUCUCUCUCCCUUCCCUGCCUUCUCUGUCUUCCUAAAAAACGCCUUUCUAUGGCCAGGCUUCUCCGAAACGUUUCUCUACUGAAACGCACUCUUCUCGCACCUGAGGAAUUGAGGAGAGGAAUAUUGGGGACAUCUUCACAGCUUUGCAAUUUCGCUACUAAAGUUAGAAGGAGAAAAGCCAAGUCCGAGGGAAGUGAGUCCAGUGAAGACAGCAAUAUGUCCAAGAAAGAGGUGGCUUUACAACAUGCUUUGGAUCAGAUUACUAGUACAUAUGGAAAGGGAGCUAUCAUGUGGUUUGGCAAGUCUAUUGCUCCCAAGGAUGUGCCUGUUGUGUCGACAGGUUCUUUUUCUCUUGAUAUAGCUCUUGGAACUGGUGGGCUUCCAAAGGGGCGCGUCGUGGAGAUUUAUGGUCCAGAGGCUUCUGGGAAAACCACUCUUGCUCUACAUGUAAUUGCUGAAGCACAGAAGAAAGGAGGCAUAUGUGUUUUUAUCGAUGCUGAGCAUGCUCUUGAUUCAUCACUGGCCCAACAUAUUGGUGUGAACACUGAACAAUUGCUUCUUUCACAACCUGAUUGUGGUGAGCAAGCUCUCAGUCUGGUGGACACUCUUAUCCGAAGUGGUUCCGUGGAUGUUGUGGUAGUUGAUAGUGUAGCUGCCCUUGUGCCUAAAAGUGAGCUUGAUGGUGAGAUGGGUGAUGCUCACAUGGCAAUGCAAGCUAGAUUGAUGAGCCAGGCCCUCCGUAAAUUAAGCCACUCUUUAUCUCAGUCAGAAACAAUUUUGCUCUUUAUAAAUCAAGUGAGGGCAAAACUCUCUACUUUUGGAGGAUUUGGUGGACCUCAGGAAGUAACAUGCGGUGGUAAUGCUCUAAAGUUCUAUGCUUCAGUCCGCCUAAACAUAAGAAGGGUGGGACUUAUAAAGAAAGGAGAAGAGACUACAGGAAGUCAAGUUCAAGUGAAGAUAGUAAAGAAUAAGCUCGCUCCUCCAUUUAGAACUGUGCAUUUUGAGCUUGAGUUUGGAAAAGGCAUAUGCCGGCAGUCAGAGAUCAUAGACUUGGGAGUGAAACACAAAUUCCUUAGCAAGGCUGGUGCUUUUUUCUAUUACAAAGAGCAGUCAUUCCGUGGUAAGGAAGCCCUUAGAAAGUUUCUAGCUGAAAAUGAUGCUGAACAGGAAGAACUUAUGAUGAAAUUAAGGGAGAAGCUUCUUGGUGCUGAUACGGGUGAGCCAGAGGAAGUGGAGGCUACUGAUGAAGCACCUAUAGAAGAAACUGGUUCACCUGAUUCCACCGACGAAGAAGCAGUUACUGCAGUAGAGGCAUAGUAUGAAAAUACAUUAUACUCUAUUUUGGGGUCAACCUGCCAGAUUCCAUGGUGUAGUCCAAUUUUCUAUAAAAUCGACAGUUUCCACUUUCUGCUGAUUUAUAGCACAUGGAACUUCAGCAAGCACAAAUUAAUGGAAAGAUCAGAAAGGCCAUUGUUGUAGUCACUACUGACCAACUCUCUUCUAUACAUAAUUGACGGAAGGAUAAGAAAGGCCAUGGUGUGGUCCGGUUCUCUUUGUAAGUUAAGUAUGUUGAUUGAUCGUGUAUAUUGCUGGGUAGAACAGAUGAAGUUUUGUGAGUUCAGAAGGAGCAGCCUUUACAAUUCUGGCGAGAGUUUUAUCAGUUCUCUUUCGAUGUUCAAAUCCAUUGCUUUUUUGAAUGAGACCAACUCUUUAUUAAUGGAAAUGCCAGAAAAUAUUUAUGCAA